AUGGCGGUGCCCAACUACACCUACCUGCUCAAGCUGCCGGGCCCGAACGGCGUCAUCACUGUGAGCGGCUCCUUCGAGCAGGCCUACGUCAGCAGCCGCGAGUACUUUGACCUCGCCGCCACUGCGGCAAACUCGGCCGAGCUCGGCCAACUUUGCGCCACCACUCCCGAGUGCCGUCCUGACCCUGGCAAGCCUAGCCAGGCACCGGCCUUCGUCUCAACCGAUGAGACCAAGCCGGUCUCGGUCGACGACGCCGAUCCAACCAAGACGGUGCAAAUCAACCCGCGGAUCGACCCCGACUGGCCAGGUCCGCCUCGGGCGACGGUCGCGGUCUACGUUGACGACAUCGUCGUCAAGACGCCGUGCGCGGAUGACCUAGUCGCCAACCUAAGCACCACGUUCGCAAAUAUCAAAAGGUUCAACAUCAAACUGAACCCUGAGAAAUGCACGUUCGGUGUGCCUAAGGGCAAGCUACUCGGAUACAUGGUGUCCGAGCGUGGCAUCGAAGCCAACCAUGACAAAAUCGCGGCCAUCACCAACAUGGGACCCAUCCGCGGCAUUAAGGGCAUCCAGAGGCUAACCGGGUGCCUGGCAGCGCUCAGCCGGUUUAUUGCCCGGCUGGGAGAGCGAGGCUUGCUGCUAUACAAACUCCUCAAGAAAUCUGACACCUUUGUCUGGACGGAGGAGGCACAGGCGGCCCUCGACUGCCUAAAGGCUCUCUUAUCCUCUCCGCCGGUGCUCAUGGUACUGACUGACACCAAGUCGCGGUACCCGCAGACACAAAAGCUCCUAUACGUUGUCGUCAUGACGGCCAAGAAGUUGCAACACUACUUCACCGAGCACAUAGUGUCGGUCGUCACCACAUUCCCACUCGGAGAAGUCGUUCGCAAUGGCAACGCCGUAGGCCGGAUCUCCAAAUGGGCAGUCGAGCUAAUAUGCUACGACGUCAAGUUCGUGCCACGCACGGCGAUAAAGUCUCAGGCCCUGGCCGACUUCAUUGCCAAGUGGACAGAAGUCCAAGCCCUGACCCCAGAAAUCUCUCACGAGUACUGGACCCUCUACUUCGACGGGUCGGUCAUGGGACCCGGCGUGGGGGCCGGGGUUGUCCUGGUCUCCCCAGAAGGAGGCAAGUUCCAGUACGCAGUCCGCCUCCACUUUCUUGCAUCCAACAACGUAGCAGAGUAUGAGGCGCUCAUCAGCGGCCUCCGCAUAGCCAUCGACAUCGGGGCAACCCGCCUGUACGUCUACGGCGACUCCAAGCUCGUAGUUGACCAGAUCAUGAAGAACUCUAACUGCGAAAGCCCUCUCAUGGACGCAUACGGCCAGGAAGUCCGUAAGCACGAAGAGAGAUUCCGUGGUCUGGAGCUCCACCACAUCCCACGGAAACAAAACCCCGACGCGGACGCCCUCGCAAAAAUGGCCGCCGAUCGCAAGCCGUCGCCCAGCGGCAUUUUCGUCAAUGACCUGAACGCGCCGUCAGCGCGAGAGAAGCAGCCGGCCGUAGACAAGACAAAAAUAGGGGAAAUAGAGCAUGCAAGACCCAGCCCCCGACCAGACAUGGUCGGGCCACUCAAGAAGGCACUAGGAGGGUUCACACACUUGCUUGUCGCAAUCGACAAGUUCACAAAAUGGAUAGAGGCAAAACCGAUAACCACGAUCGACUCAAAGGAGGCCGUCAAGUUCUUCCUGGACAUCAUCUACAGAUUCGGCGUGCCCAACUCCAUCAUCACCGACAAUGGGACCAAUUCCACAGAUCACUACUUCCAAGAGUUUGCGAAAGGAUACAGGAUCCGGAUCGACUGGGCAUCGGUCGGACACCCGCGCACAAACGGGCAAGUAGAAAGAGCUAACGGCCUAAUCCUCCAAGGGCUCAAACCGCGCAUUUUUGACAUGCUCAAAAAGUUCGCAGGCCGUUGGGUGGAAGAGCUGCCGGCAGUGCUCUGGAGCUUGCGAACCACACCUAAUCAGUCUACAGGACUAACACCUUUCUUCCUAACAUACGGCUCCGAGGCCGUCAUGCCUUUCGAUCUGGACUACGACGCGCCGAGAGUCAAAGCCUUUGACCCAGCAACGGAAGCCGAAGCCCGGAGGGACGCCAUGGAAGUCUUGGAAGAAGCAAGGCUAGCUACGCUACACUGA